GAGGCUGAGCCACACGGCGUGCGAGGCUCCCCCAGCAGCACGGACUCGGAUCUCUGGGAGGCGCCCCCAGAGCUCCGAGGACUCGCCCCGCGUCGCGCGGUUCUGCCGACACCUGUUACCUCAAAGAGGACUUCGCCGCCCGCGCCCCCCGCCCCCACGUCCUCUGUCAGGCCCGGGAGCGCCGUCCGCAGCGCCGUCGAGGUGAUGGGCAGCCGGCCCCGCAGCCCCAGCGCCUGCCUUGCGCCCUGGUGGGGACAGCAGCCAGGAGGACCAGGCCCUGCCAAGCGCAGCCGAUUGGAGGAGCCCACGGGCCCCGAAUCCCGCGCGGCGCCCAGCCCGGAAGACCCGGCGGGGACCCCGGCCGUGGACGCGCUCACCUCCGUGGUGGUCCUGGCCGCAGGCUGUACCCUGCGUGUGCACCUGGAGGACGUCGACUUGGUGCUGGAGCUCGCGCCAAUGUCGGUCCUGCGAGUGUCUCUCGGUGGACACGCCCUCAUCGUGAUCCCGGAGGUCCUCCUGAGCUCUGUCGACGAACGCUCAGGAGCGCAGGGCGACUGGUCUGCCGGCCUGGAAGUGGACGUUUUCCUGGGCGCUCACGGGGAAGACGUCGUCGUGGAGCAGGAAGUCUGCGCAUCUGUCCCAGAGAUCGCUGCCCAGGAAGUGGCCUACGAGAAGGACGCGGACUCUGAAUUCCCGGAGCUCUGGAUGGACUCCGCAGCCGGCUCAGCCGCUGGGCUCUACCCCUCCGCUAGAAGUAUGUUCAGCCCCUACCGGGAGGGCCCCAUCCGAGGGCCCUGUGCUCUGGCCCCCAAACCCAGUUCAGAGAGACGCUCUCCACGCCCCAUCUUCGACCUGGAAUUCCACCUUCUGGAGCCUGUCCCCAGCUCACCUCUCCAACCUCUACCUCCCUCUCCGAAUCCAGGUCCCCACGCGCGCCUGGAGCUCCCAGAGCGCCCUCCGUGCAAGGCCCGGAGACGCCUGUUCCAGGAAUGA